UUCGAGGUCACAUCACCAACUUCAUUUCGCGAACUGUAUUUCUAAUAUCACCCAUAUGUCUUUUGGAGUAAUAAGUUUAGUUCAUUAGAUUCAUGUUAGUAAUUGAAAUUAUUACUAUUAGUCCGAAAUAACUUAGUAAACAAAGAAAGAAUUUCAAUAUUUACCUAAUAAGUAUAUAUUUUAACUGGUCAUUUCAUUUAUGCUGUUGGCAAUAUCACAGUUUGGAAUUGAAAAGUAUGUUCCACUAAUCUUCUCAUUCAGUUUCGUAAACAUUUGCUUUUAAAAGAGUGCAAUCUUAUUUUGACCCGGUAAUGCAGUUGUUCCAACUUUAACGUCUUAUUCAUCUUCUCAUUAAUAUUUUCACUGUAGUUAUUUUUUUAAUUUGAUUCAUUAUCAUGAUUACGAAACCACAUACUUUGCCUAAGGAAUUACAUGAAUAUGAGAAGAAUGGUAAAAAACAAAUAGUUUCGUUUACCCAAGUUCUUUAGAAACACAAGUUUGUAGAAAUAUUGAUACCUGCCUUUUCCUAUAUUGUUUGCGCUACUAAAGUACUUUGCAUUUCUUCAGAUUGUUGAAAUUUCACGAUAUCUAUCAAAGAGAAAUGUAAAGUUCGAAAUAAUAUUGAAAGCAAAAGAAAUUAUUGGCUUUUAGCUCACGCUUUUAGGAUUGUAGGAUGCCCUUCGACCGCCCGUCGCUCGUCCAUAAUGUUCUUUGAAGAUCAUCUAAACCAUUUAACCAGCUUCAACCAAUGUUAACAGCGAUUGUCCCCUUCCAGAUACCUUCAAAACCAGGUCAUCUAUGCAGAAUUCUGAUUGCCAUGGUUACCAGUUGGAAAAGCUUCAAAAAGUUUUUACUCAAAAACUGCUGGUCUGAUUUUGAAAUGAUUUCUUGUGUGGCACUGUCCGUCAAAUAAUUCCAUUUCAUUAAAAAAAACAAGACUGCUAGGGUGUGUCUUGUUUCCCCUUCAUUGCUAUAAGGAAAACUUCGAAAAUCUUCUGUGAAACCAAUAUUCCAGUUUCAAAAUAUUUUCACGGCAAUGUAUUGUAGUGACCACCAACUUCCUUUAAUCCAUUUUGUUUCGUUAAAAAUACAGCCGCCGGUGAUGGGGCUUGUUUCUGUGUAUAGAAUUAGGAAAACUUAGAAGCCAUAUUGAUUUGUUAAAAGCAUGGCCGUCGGGAACGGGGAUAAUUUCUUUACAUGGCUAUUUAGGAAACUUCAGAAGUCGUCUCCUGUGAAACUGCUGGCCCAAAUUCAAUAUAAAAUUUCAAACAAAUUUCCUUUGGGCGACCCUUUACCAUAUCAUUUUAAGCUCCCACCAACAUCCCCAACCUGUCCGCCACCACCUUACGAUUUUUACUCUCAGUUUCUUGGGUUUUUUUAUAUCGUUUCUGGUAUCACGUCGUAACCUUCCCUCACACUUACUACAUCCCACAGUUCCCGCCAAAAAGGUUUUUAUUUUUUCUUUAUAUUUUGAUAUUUUCUUUUAGUAUCCUGUGGCAUUACCACUUCUCCAACGCCCAAACCCUUAUCCACAAACACAUGACCUGCCCAUGUUUAUUUAGUGGAAACUUGACAGGAAAUACCGGUCCUAUUUCUUGUUUUACCCUCUGCAAGCAAGCUGUGAAACUUAGGUCAGCGAGGUAGGGCCAUCAUAACUCUCUUGUCAAAUACAUGCACUUUAAUAUUUAAGGAAGAAUAUUUACUAAACUAAAUUGUAAAAUAUUUAAUUUCUAAAAGGGACCUAACACCAUGCAAUGAACAUUUUUGAUCCUUUAAUACAUAUCUAGAGUAAAAAAAAUGCCAAAAUGUUCUUUAAAUGGGACUGAACAACCGGGUGUACUUUUAUCAAAAUUAGAUAUUACGAACUAUCAGUUAAACUGCCGAUUUCUUGACACGAAAAAGAACAAAGAUAGAUCUGGGUGUUUCAAAUACUUUUCAAACGCAUUUUUGAAAAUACUCAAAUUAAUUCUCGUUUUCAACAUGUCUCUUUAUGUAAUACUUUUACAUAAUGUGCUCAACCUAAUAUUGUUUGAAGAUUUGUUUUCUUGUUUAUAUAAUUUAUUGGUCAUUAACACAAUAAAGUUUUUAAUAUUUAUGGGUUACUGACAUUGUAAGAUCUUUAUCGGUUUUGAAAUGCAGACAUAAUUCUAAUUAUAACAGUUUAUUUACAAUAUAUUUAAGAAAAUCACAACAUUCCAUUGAUGCAAAAAUGAAAUAUAGCCUUAAAUUUGAUCACUAUCUUAAUAAAGGAAAAACGGACCACUUGAUUAAUAUGCAGGAAGAUGAUCUAUUUGUGCUAGAUGUUCAGAACGAUUGGAGAGGAAACAUAUUGAUCGUGUUGUAACUUUUUAACAGUAGAAACAUAAUUUACCUGCGGAUAUGGGUACACCGGUGUCUAAAACUGAUAAAUUUUCAGUAUCGGAUAACACCUCUGGAACUCUGAAUGAAAAAGAUAAAAAGGAAACAACUGGCAUACUUCACAAUGAUGAAAGGACAGAACAGGAAAAAUCUGACGGGUCGAGUAGAGACAUACCAAAAUCCCCAGGAAAGAAAAAUGAUGUAACGCAAAUGUUAUGUGCAGCAGACGAUGACGACAUUGAUGAACAAGAGUGGGGAGAUAUUUAUAAAAGACUGAAAACAAACUGCAAUAACGAUCUUCAUAUUUUAAACACAAGGUUCAACAGAAAUGAUAUACAAACGUACCCUGAUGGCAGUGUAAGGGCAACUGGUCCAAUCUUUACAUCAACUGUUGCUGAGAGACCCACGAGAAUUAAUUCUGCCAAUUACAAUCCGCAUGCUGUAGUAUACGAAAGAGAUAAAUCUAGAAUUAAAACAGCUAUAGGCAGAAACACAGAAAUUAUGGAGGACGAAUCUUCAGAUGAAAAUGAAAAUUCCGAAUUGAGAGCUAAAUCGAUUGGCACCAAAGGUAUAUACGAACUUGGUCCUUUGCAGCAUGGACUAGGGUCGGUGCAAUCAAAAGAAGAGGAUAGAGCAAAUUCAAACUACACAGAAGACAACUUUGAUUUAACUAAAAAUUCUAAACCUGAGAAGAUAAAGGAACACCUUAUGUUCCCUGAGGGGAAUGGACUUCUGUUUCAAACUCAAACUUGUCUUGAUAUUCCAAACGACAAUAGACGAGUUCAGUCUCCGACUCCAAAAUCUGCUGAAAAUGAUGGUAUCAUUUGUGAUGAUGACGAUAUAGAUCCCUUCGAGGGAUUAGACAUACCCAGACAGCGAGUUUAUUCUUUUGGUUCAGCUUCGAUAUAUUCGGUGAAAGAAAUAUCUGAUGACUUGUACCAACAGUACAGGACAGAGAUUAAAAACUGCAUUCGCAGUUACGGAUUCUUUGAAGCGUUCCCAUCACCUUCCAUUGUGAGUGAAGCCCAAAAGAUAUACAGACGAUUGGACAUUCCCUCCCCGGUUGACGAGGAUGGCAAUGUUCUUCCGCAUCCACCUAAGAUCACAAAGAGCGAAUAUCUCGCGACAGAAACAAACGCAUUAGAAGAAGCCCGGGAGAAAAUACAAAAUAUGCCAGAGUCUCUUCUGCUAGAUGGUGAAACUGUUGAUAUUGUCCAUUAUCUGUGUGACGGGUUAGACGACGACAUGCGGAAACUGACUAUGCUAUCGACCUGGAUAGUUUUCUGGCAGUUUCAGAGAUACGGUAGUCAAAAUAACAAGCCAGAAACACAAGACGAGUGUUGCAGACAAUUUAGAACAAUGUGCAAAUUUGCUCGAAUUAAAACAAAGCUUGUUAAAGGAAUUAUUCGCGGGCCAAGCUACGUACCAGGAGAUGAUCCGAACCUUAAUCAUGGAAACUGGUUGGCAGUUAUGAUUAAUUACGUAUGGCUUUUGGUGGACCCGUUCAUACAUCAAGAUACACUAGCAGAAAAUGCUGAAACUUACCAGUCUCCAAUGGCAGAAAUUGACGAGAACUUGUUUGAUCACGUUGAACAGAUGUUUCAAGAUCCUGAAGAUUUUAUUUUCAGUCAUUAUCCAGAUGAAGAAUACUGGCAAUUACUGGCGAGACCUGUUACGAAGGCAGAGCUUCCUGACUUAGCAGUGUUGCGACCGGGUUUCUUUGCUUUUGGCAUGACGGUUUCAAACAGUCCGAAGGCAGUAAUUGUUGUCAAGACCGCUGAAACGGUCAUUUCAUUAGCAUUUCACGAAGAAAGUAUGCUACAAUUCAAGUGUUGCUUUCAAAUUUGCGACUACUCGAUGUCAUCAGCUCGUGCGCGAACAUAUGUGUUUUUGGAGACCAUACUGAAAAGCCAUAAGAUUAAAGUGCGUGUAAGAUUCCCAAAGACGGGUUCCUAUAUUCUUGAUAUAGCUGGCUCUCCAGAUGGUCACUUAUGGCAGAAUGUUAUCUCUUAUAAACUUGUAUAUGAGGGUGAACACUUUUCUAAGCCAUUCCCAGCUAAUCCAAGAGAAGAAUGGGGUCCGGGGUUAGACACGUUCAAAUUGGGAUUGACGCCACUUUUGUAUCAUUCUGGAGAAAUACUAAUGCAAAAUGGUGUCAUCCAGAUUGCCUUCCAUGAUGAAAAAAGAUUAAAGUUUGAGCAUGUGAUGUUUAAAGAAGAUGUUCACAUAAAUCCAGACGCUCUGAAAGUUAGCAUACUGAAAGACAGAAACAACGACGUCAUUUUUGUUGUGGAUAUUGACACCAAAGUAACAGGUUUGUUCACAUUGCAGCUGUCGGCUAGAGCGGAUCCAAGGGCAGAGUUCACGAAUUUUUGUAACUAUCUGAUAAGUAAAGAGAAAAAAGUGGUCAUCCCAAAACUAAAAUUUAGUGAUAAAAGUUUCAGUACUGAUGAAAAAGACCCGUUGCACGCGCCGGAGAAUGGGAAACUGCAUUUAACUGUCGGUACCACCGGUUUGAUACAGCUGACGGUAGAACUGAAACUACAUGACAGACAAGAACUCAAUUUGUCAGAUCAUGCAAUGCACUGGAUAGAUGAAAACUCUGGUUAUAUUGAUCUCAAUUUCCCAAGAAAUGGUAAAUACACUCUCAAGGUGCUGGGAAGAGAGGUCAACAAAGGUCGCUUUCGAACGAUCAGAGAGGACACAAUACAGGUCAGCGUCCCAUCAGAGAAAUGGUCGUGCUUUCCAAAGGUUGGAAGCAGUUGGAAUUCCUGGUACAAAAUCGAAUCUCCACUUUCACAUCACCUUGAAGAGAAAGAAGAUAUAACAUUUAAAGUAAAUGUUAAGAACGCACUCGAUGUGGCUGUAGUGUCUGCCAACGGAUGGUACCAUCUAGACCGUGUAGGUGAAAGCUGGCUAUGGGUUGGGCAGGUGUGGACUGGUCCAAAAUCAACUAGAUGUCGUCUGCUAGCGAGAUUUGACAUCGGUUCUGACAAAUGGUCUGAUCUUCUUUUGUUCAAGAUAAUGUCUGAGGAAGAUUUUGAAAGAAUGGAAGAACGUCAGAACUCGGCCAGGGAAAAGGCCUAUAACCAAAAGACAGUAGAAAAUAACUGACGCACUGUAUUUCGAAUGCCUUGACCAAAGAGUGGCAUGUCGUUGCUUUGUGGGAUGAGUGUUUUCGACAGCUUGGGAUAGCACUUGAACUAAGCGUUUGAUUGUUGGUGUGAUAACAUAAGAGAGACCGGUACAUGCUGUAUUUUAUUUUCAAAGCAAAGUCUGCGGUAUUGCCUACUGUAAAUUACUCAUAGACGCGAAAUUGAUACAACGUGACCUCACGAGAUGUUCAAAAUGCAUAAUUAGCUAUUGUAAUUUUGUUAUGUUUACCAAUUCGUCUAACAUUAUUGUGCCCACCAAUCGUGUCGACACUAUGUGCUUUUCUUCAAUAAUGCGAAUUUUAAGGUAUACUAUUCCGUGAUAACUUUCCAUAUAGAGGCAUCGAUAAUGAAUUAACAAAAUCUGACAAACAACUGUCUGUCGUGUUAUCGUGAUCGCCUGAUUGAAUAUUUCACAACGUUCCAAAGUUAACAAUAGCGGAAAUUUGUGUCAUGUUUGAUAUUAGCCGUUAACUGAAUUCUAUGGCUGCAUAGGAAUAUCUUGUCUCAAAUCCAAUCGUUAGAAAAAAAUUGUGCAUCUAUUACAUGUAUCAUGUUUUAUCUUUUGAUUACUCUGUUUAGCUUCGAAAACUUCCCUUGCUCUUUUAUAAUAUUACAUGGUUUUCUUAAGAAUCUGAUAAAUAAUACCUUCAGAUUUAGCUGAAAAGACAUACUAGUACGUUAAUAUAUCGAACUGACUGACUUUUAUAAGGGCUUGGAUGUGAUUUAUUACCGGGCGUGUAUACAUAUCAAUUAUUCUAUAUCUGCAUUUGUAAAACAUUCAUUAAAGUUUAAAUGCAUCUAAAAAUUGAUUAAAAUAAAACAUUAAUUGCAUCUUCUCUUUAGCGCCAGUUUUGUCAUGUGCAAUAUCUUAUACAUUGAUGUAUUAAUUAGUUAAUAAAGUAUUGC